AUGGCAUCCCUUUUAAAUGGCAUAGCUGCUGGCCUACUGCUAUCUGCUGCGGUCGUCUCCGGGCAUGGGAACUCCAGGCUGGGUGCCAGUCCCAGCUACCAAGGGUUUAACAACAUUUGCCCUGAGCGAUGCAUUGUCAUGGGACCCAACCCCUCAAACUGGUCAACCUACCAGGAUAUAAACCAGCUCGCAAAGUGUGACCGGAGUAUGUUUUACGGCUUCAAUUUGUACGAUGAUGUCGACGAUAAAAACUCCCAUCACCGUAUCUUCGCUUGCACAACAUAUGGAAAUGAUUGGAGUGAUGACUCGCGGGCUCACGUACCACUCUCACGCCCUGUGACCGAGCACAAGGUCAACUAUGAGAUCGGCUGGUCGUCCUAUUCGGAGGGCACUGAGUCCGAGUACCGCUCUCUUAUCAAACAAAUGCGUGAUUAUAUUGCCCGUGGACACGUUUCCCUCAGCAAGACUGCUAUGCUGUAUGCUCAGCUUGGUGGCACUUCAGCCGGUAUCUAUAUCGGUAAUAGCCUACAGAGCAAGGACAUUAGCGAAGUGGCUCUGGAGUCUCUUAUCGACGAUUCCCACGAUUUCGAUGGACGUCGAGAAAGUUUGGCCAUGCAGCUCUGUGGGCCACACUUUGACUCUCAGCACGUCUUUGGAUUCAUGGCUCUGAGCAAUGGCACCUUCAGAAACAUCCAGUCUGCUUUCGAAUCCUGGUCCAAUGCCGAGUGUCUUGACUUCGAACACAGUACCAAUUUCACGGCUAGCACCCACUUUACAUCGCCUAUGCUGUCCUCCAUCAAGUCCGGAAACACGACCGCAAGCAGCAUCCAAGCCUCUGGCUCAUCUCUACCCACUGAGUCUUCGACGUCGCAGAUGGGGAACCCCCUAUCUUCUAGGGGGGGAUGCCGGAUGAAGACGGUCCAGUCGGGUGAUAGCUGCGCUGCAAUGGCCUCGAAAUGUGGCAUCUCUGGUGCCGACUUCCUCAAAUACAACCCCGCGCACGGCUUCUGUUCAAAGCUGACUCCUGGUCAACAAGUCUGCUGUUCCUCCGGUACACUUCAAAAGAGAGACAUGCUGUCUUCUAGGGGGGAGUGCCGAACGCAGACAGUCCAGUCGGGUGAUAGCUGCGCUACAAUGGCCACAAAAUGUGGUAUUCACGGUGCUGACAUCCUACGAUACAACCCUGCACAGGGCUUCUGCUCCAAACUGACGCCCGGUCAGCAAGUCUGCUGUUCCUCUGGCUCACUCCAGCGGAAGAGAGAUCUGCUUUCAUCCAGGGACGAAUGUCGAACGGAAAAGGUCCAGCAGGAUGACAGUUGCGCUGCAAUCGCUACUCGGUGUGGUAUCUCUGGUGCCGACUUCACCAAAUACAACUCCGCGAAAGGCUUUUGCUCAAAACUGAAGCCUGGUCAGCACGUUUGCUGCUCUUCUGGAGCACUCCCCGACUUCAGCCCGAAGCCCAACAAAGACGGAUCCUGCGCAACAACCACAGUUGGGGAUGGCGAAAGUUGUUCAACUAUUGCUGCGGCCAAUAGUCUCACGGAGAAAGACAUUGAUGGUUUCAACCAAAAGACUUGGGGCUGGACUGGGUGCAAGAACAUCUUCAAGGACUCUGUCAUAUGUAUCAGCAAGGGGUCCCCGCCUAUGCCUGCUGAAGUUUCGGAUGCCCAGUGUGGUCCCCAGGUUCCAGGUACAAAGCCGCCGAAGGACAUGGACAAGCUCGCCGAUCUCAACCCAUGCCCACUGAAUGCCUGCUGUAACACCUUUGGCCACUGUGGAACCACAGCAGAGUUCUGUACUGAUACUAACACCGGCGCCCCUGGUACGGCUAAGGUCGGCACUAACGGCUGCAUCUCACACUGUGGUACCAAGAUCGUCAAAGGAAACCCUCCCUCCGAGUUCCGCAGCGUCGGAUACUAUGAGGGUUACCAAUUCAAGCGCGAUUGCUUGUAUCAGGAUGUGACGCAAGUUGAUCAUUCAAAGUACACUCACUUACAUUUUGGUUUUGCCGACAUCUCCGCCGACUAUGAAAUCAGCAUCAACGACAAAUCAACCAACUAUCAGUUCCAUAAUUUCAAGUAUAUCUCUGGCCCCAAGAGAAUUGUCGGCUUUGGCGGUUGGGACUUCUCUACGCAGGAGUCUACAUAUCAGAUUUUCCGCCAAGGAACCAGCGCAGCUAACCGCAAGACGCUUGCUACUAACAUCGCGAACUUCGUGAAGGAGCACAACCUUGACGGUGUCGAUAUUGACUGGGAAUACCCGAGUGCACCUGAUAUUCCUGGAGUCCCCUCUGGUGACAAGAGUGAAGGAACCAACUUCCUCGCUUUCCUUGUCGUUCUGAAAAAUCUUCUCGGAGACAAGUCUGUUUCAAUUGCCGCUCCUGGCUCAUACUGGUACCUUAAGGGAUUCCCCAUCGCUAAGAUCAGUAAAGUUGUUGACUAUAUUGUCUUCAUGACUUACGAUUUGCACGGUCAAUGGGAUGCAGGUAAUCCUAACGCCCAGCCAGGUUGCGAUGACGGAAGCUGUCUGCGAAGUCAUGUCAACAUGACCGAGACCAGAGAAGCCCUUUCCCUAAUCACCAAGGCUGGUGUGGACUCGGGCAAAGUGGUUGUCGGUGUCAGCAGCUAUGGAAGAUCUUUCAGAAUGGCCGAUGCAGACUGCGAUGGUCCGCUGUGCAUGUUUACUGGAAGCCGACUGAGUUCCAAUGCUGAGAAGGCCGACUGCACUGAUACCGCGGGUUACAUCUCCAAUGCCGAAAUCAAUCAACUCCUCAAGCACAACUCAUCCCGCGUCAAUAAACACUAUGUUGACACCCACAGCAACAGCAACAUAAUGGUUUACGAUGACACGAACUGGGUGGCUUAUAUGAGUCCCGAAAUCAGGGCUCAACGCACCAAGAUGUAUGAAUCCCUUGGCAUGGGCGGCACAGUCAAUUGGGCCACGGACUUGGAGCAAUUCAACGACGCCCCUGAUGACUUUGAUGACUGGCAUGGCCUGAUACUUCAAGCGAAGUCAGGCGUCAUUACAUCCAUUGGAGCUGGCAGCCGCAGUGGUAUCUGGACCAAACUCGGUUGUGACAACGAGUACUCUAGGGAGACACCUUAUUGGUCUUCCAUGACCCGCUGGAAACAACUCGAUGCCGCUCAUGCUUGGAGUGACUUGAUCGCGGAUUGGAAGGCGUACAGAUCAAAGGAUGACUCUGACAAGAGACAAACCUUCUCGCAAUUCAUGGUCUACCUCCUGGGUGGACCCUCGAACGCAGAAUGCGGUAGCAUUGGCGAUCAAAGUAGCUGCAGACAAUAUCACAGCUGCAGCGAGCUCACGGCAACUGAAAAGUGGGGAGCUGCGGCGGAACUCAUCUGGAAUUCCUUUGUCAAGAUCAACACGAUGUAUGUUGAGUUCAAGGAUGCUCUUGUCACUGACGCCGCACUUGUCAUUGACAACACUCUUCCACAUUUGGAGAACACAUUUGCCCCUGUUCCUCCUCCAAAGAGUGAUGCUUGGUUGAACACUCUACUUGGUCUUGUCGCCUUGGGUGUGCCAAUGGUUGGCGGGAAAUUCUUCGAUGAUGUACUCGCGGGCAUACCAGCUUUAGCCGCCAAGAGUGCAACCUCGAAAGAUCACUUCAAAGGAGUAUUUAACGCGAUUUUGACUGGUCCUGUCACGAUCGGCACAAACAUGAAGCCCAGCGCUACUCCAGACGACUGGACCAUUGAGAAGCAGGCUGAGUUCUCCAGUUACAUGGGUCAGAGCAUGAAGGGAUGGGAGGUUAUCUUCACACAGGAUCUGAAGGAUCUGUUUGACGGCUCCGACAAGUCUAUUGAAAGACUCACCACCAUGAUCUCUGAUGCGGGAAUGCUGGAAGGCAUUAAGGAAGACAUCCCAUACCCCGGUAAGACAAAACGCAAAGACAAGGUCGACGACAAUGAUGUCAAGUCCACAAAAUCAGAGAGAGAGUCCGUGGAAGAUGGUUUCCUCACUGCCUUCUGGGCAUACUCCAUUCCCGCCGUUUGGCAGGCCUCAGGUCAUCAUCCUUUCAUCAUUGACACCGGUCGAAGCUGUGAUGACAAGGAUGGGGACAAGUAUACCAAGGACUUGAAAUCUGCAUGUUACGAAAAAAGACUGUACCAAUUGGCUGAUCCUGAUGGCAAAUCUCACCCUUGUUCCAAGGAAUGCGGACUCCCGGGAGGCUGCUCAUGCCCCGAUAGUGCAUUCUCUUCGCCUAACGGUGUGGGGAAACUUGAUGGCAAGUCCUGGAAUGGACUUAAGGUCGAUGAUAUUAUUAUCGGAUCUGUCAAAACAUACAAGCAAAAUGGCAAUGAGAACGGCGGAGGUAAAGCAGAUGCCACAGAUUCUGGUACAUUUGACGCCCUCAGGAAAUUGGACGUCACAACUCCCGGAUUCAUGCGCCUUCCCGUGUGCAGUGAGACUCUGGCCCGCAAAUCGUGGGAAAAUUCCGACAAGACAGACGCCACCAGAGACAAAGAGGGCUUCCCAUGCAACAACGACAAUGGCAAGUCUUACUGCACCACAUCAAAGUCAACCUAUAUUGAGGAGACUUCUGAUGGAUCGCCGCUUAUCGAUGAUUGCCUUGUGAUUGUCAAGAACAUUCAAGGCACAAGUGGAUCGUGGAUCAAGCCAAUCGAGAGACAGUUUGGUAUUCUCAACUUUGGGACAUGUACUUUCGGCAUCGAGGGCAAAGGUCGUAAAGGCAAUGUCGACGAGUACUUCGGGGCCCAGGACGCCGUGGAUGUUAUCCGCUACGCUGCGAAGCACUGGGGCAAAGGAAACGAUAAGAUGGGUGGCAAGGGAGUCAUGCAGUGCGAUGGUAACAUCAAGAAGCAGGAGGUGCACUGGGCUAUAUACAAAAAAUAG